AUGGCAUUGAGAAAUACGUUCAUAAGAACAUCGAGGGCAUUGAUAACAGAAGACCAGUGCAUUGUGGAAGACGUGGCUCGUUACUGCAUCACAGUCAACAAGCUCAAAGAGCUUCCCUUGAAGUAUUCCCCAAACACGACCUUCACUCCAAACCAGAUCAGGGUCCUAGCGAUAUACAGACGAUGUUUCAGACUACGGGCGUUUUUGUACGAGAGAAAUGGCGACAGAGAAUUGUACACAAAGGUUCUCAAGUGCAAGUUCAAAGAGCAGGACAUUGUUCGUGCUUUCAAUGGCAACGAGCCUGAUGUGUGGAUGACGUUGGUGAGAACUCUUCGGUUUGUGUUAAACGCCAGUGCUGACUCCAAUGGAUGCGAGAGCAGAAUCCUUAGAAACAUGUCGAGCUAUUACAGAUCCCUCGAGAGAAACAGAACUCCUGUUUUGUACGAUGGUGUGCAGAACAAAGAGCACCAUGAUGGGGUUUUGGACGCCAAAAAAACGAAAGUGAAGUUGAAGCCUGCUUCCUUUAACACUAUUUUCAUCGAAACGUUGGGGUUGUUCAACAAGUCUCUUGGAAUCUACCUCUAG